AUGAUUUCAGAGCAAUCCCUUGUCCGUGUUUCUGCUUGCCAUCUUUUGUUGAUCUUUUCGGCCCACUGUAUGCUUGUAUAUGCUGACCUCCAUGAAGUGUGCUUUGGGCCGAAUGGGGAACAACCUUGUGAAGAUUACACCUACGCCGGCUCGUUGGUUGAAGAUUUGCCCUUUGCAGCUGCAUUUCAAGACGUUUUGCUCUUAAAAGAACAGUUUGAUGGCUUCCCGUUUCCGCUAGGUCCAGAUCUUUGUACAGAUGACCUGGCAACCUGGAUGAAUCAUGUCGAGGAUUACUUCCGCUCUGGUACUUUCCAUGCAGAACUAUUGAUCCCGAUGCAAAACCACAUCAUGUCUCAUCAUGAAGAAGUAGCUGAACAUUGUCCGGUAGCAUGGCUACUGACACUUCUCCUGAAGAUUGAAUCUAAUCUCGAAAACGGGAGGCAAGGCCGAAGCUGCGCACGUGUGCAUGCAAUCGGGUGCCUACGGGAUGCCAGGGGGUACUGGAAAAUCUACGGCUCCUUGAGAGCUCAAUAUGGCAGCUAUACAGAGGUGCCACCUGAGAGCCAGCCACCGGCCAACAGCUUGCUGCUUGAGGCAGAGGCCAGGGCACAUGCCGAUUCAGCGCGCCAAAGGCUGCGUUUGACUGGUGUCACUGCAGAAAAGUCGCUCCAGGGAGGGGAUGGUCCCGCCGUUGAAGCCUUGGAAGUCUUGCUGGCGCAGUCUCAGGCCGAGGCCGUCGAGGCAACGGCGCCGGCGUUGCCCAGCACGGCGCAGCUCUCUGCGGCCGAGAGCCUGGGCGGCCUGGCAGUGGCGCGCGCCAGGCAGAAGGCCAUGGCGGCCAUCCACCAAACAAAGGAGGAAGAGAUGGAGCAAGCGGACAACGCUGCUCUGAGGCGGCAGCUGGCUGCCUUACAGGAGACCAGGCAACGCGAGCGGCAGGAGUUGGAAGCCAGCAUCGAGGCCUUGGAAGCCCAGCUGUCCGAAGCGCAACGCCGGGCGGAGGAGGCUGAGGUGCAGGUGGUUUGUCUCACUCCCCAACCGCAGCAAGCGCACCAGGAGAAACAGCAUCUGCCAGCAAGCUCCAGUGAAAUGGCUGGUGGCACAGAAACUGGAGAUGCGUCCUCUGAGGCAGCCUUCAUCGCCCACUUGCGGCAGCGGCGCUUGAUUGCCAGCGGCUGUGUACAGCAGCUUUCUGACAGCUUAUGUGCUGCAGUGGAAAGACUGGCCAGCGACCUCUAUGAGAGUGAAUGCCACUUUCUCUACGAGAUCAUUCAGAAUGCGGAGGAUGCACACGCGUGCGACCGCCCACAGGAGUUUACAGGGGAGAUGUCUUGA